AUUUACAACCGCCAUUCUCCACCCUGCUAGGGUUAUAGUACCAUUAACGCAGAGGAGUGCCUGGAUAUGACUGGAAACCCUGCAAGACUCCAGCCUGCCUGAUUUGAGGACAUGCUUUGAUGCUUCCCCUCUGAGUCCUCCUGGAAGAUGGUCAGGAGGAAACACGCGUAAAGAAAACUAGUAUUUAGGAGUCUACAAGCAAGACCAAGGGGAGUCCUUUCGAGGGCCUACGGUUGAAGAGAUGGCCACAAGUCCUCUUCCAGGACCCAAUGACAUCCUGCUGGCUUCCCCAUCCAGCGCCUACCAGCCUGAUCCCCUGAGUCAACCUCGGCCAGGCCACGCCAGCAUGAAGCCCAACCAGGUGGGCCAAGUAAUUCUCUACGGGAUCCCCAUAGUGUCAUUGGUGAUUGACGGGCAGGAGAGGCUAUGCUUGGCCCAGAUCUCCAACACUCUACUGAAGAACUUCAGCUAUAAUGAGAUCCAUAACCGGCGGGUGGCCCUGGGCAUCACUUGCGUGCAGUGCACUCCGGUGCAAUUGGAGAUUCUUCGAAGGGCAGGAGCCAUGCCCAUCUCCUCUCGACGGUGCGGUAUGAUCACCAAAAGGGAAGCAGAGCGCCUCUGCAAGUCUUUCCUAGGGGAAAACCGGCCGCCAAAACUGCCUGAUAACUUUGCAUUCGACGUAUCCCAUGAGUGCGCCUGGGGCUGCAGGGGCAGCUUCAUCCCCGCGCGUUACAACAGCUCCCGGGCCAAAUGCAUCAAGUGCAGCUAUUGCAACAUGUACUUCUCGCCCAACAAGUUCAUCUUUCACUCGCAUCGAACGCCGGAGGCCAAGUACACGCAGCCCGACGCCGCCAACUUCAACUCCUGGAGACGCCAUCUCAAGCUCACUGAUAAAAGCCCUCAGGACGAACUGGUCUUCGCCUGGGAGGAUGUCAAGGCUAUGUUCAAUGGGGGUAGCCGCAAGAGGGCCCUGCCCCAGCCGGGCUCGCACCCCGCCUGCCACCCUCUCAGCUCCGUCAAGGCUGCGGCAGCCGCGGCGGCGGCGGCGGCAGCCGUGGCUGGGGGCGGAGGGCUGCUGGGACCACACCUGCUCGGGGCACCGCCCCCGCCGCCGCCGCCGCCUCCGCUGGCAGAGCUGGCUGGCGGCCCGCAUUCGCACCACAAGCGGCCCCGCUUCGACGACGACGAGGACUCCUUGCAGGAGGCCGCAGUGGUGGCCGCAGCCAGCCUCUCGGCCGCUGCCGCCAGCCUUUCUGCCGCGGCCGCUGCAGGCAGUGCUGGGGUCGGCGUGGCCGGCGGAGGAGGCGGCGGAGCGGGAGGCGGUGGCGUAGGGGGCGUUGGAGCCGGAGGAGCUGGAGGCCCCGGGGGAGGCAGCAAAGGCCCCCGCAGCUACCCUGUCAUUCCCGUGCCCAGUAAAGGCUCCUUCGGGGGAGUCCUGCAAAAGUUUCCUGGCUGCGGGGGCCUCUUCCCACACCCGUACACUUUCCCCGCCGCUGCCGCCUUCGGCCUGUGUCACAAGAAGGAGGACGGGGCCGCCGGGGCUGAAGCCCUGGGUGGAGGCGGAGGAGGGGCAGGCGGAGGUGCCGGUGGGGCCCAGAAAGCAGGGCUGUCGGGGCUUUUCUGGCCCGCGGGUCGCAAGGAUGCCUUCUACCCGCCCUUCUGCAUGUUCUGGCCACCCCGGACCCCCGGAGGGCUCCCCGUGCCCACCUAUCUACAGCCCCCUCCCCAGCCCCCGACCGCUCUCGGCUGCGCCCUGGGUGACAGCCCGGCCUUGCUGCGCCAGGCCUUCCUGGACUUGGCCGAACCGGGCGGUGGGGGAGGGGGAGGAGGGGCAGGGGGAGGGGGAGGAGGAGGAGGAGGAGGUGGCAACGGAGGCUCGAGCGCAGAAGCCCCUCCAGCUCCAGGGCAGCCACCCCCACCUACGGCUGCUAACGGCGCAAGCUCCGGGCCCCCGCCUCAGCCGUCGGGGGGAGCCGGCACGCGCGACGCUCUCUUCGAGUCGCCCUCGGGCAGUGGAGACUGCAGCGCGGGUUCCACGCCUCCGGCUGAAGGGGCUGGAGGAGCCGGCGGGGGCGGAGGAACUGGAGGCAACCGAGUGCCGGCGCCUCACCACCCCCAUCUUCUUGAAGGCCCAGGAGGGCGUAAAGCGGGAGGAGGAGCGGGCAGCGGCAGCAGUGGCGGAUACCACCACUCCAGCGCCUUCCGGCCGGUGGGGGGCAAGGACGACUCCGAGAGCUUGGCCAAGCUUCAUGGGGCCUCGGCUGGCGCGGGAGGGCAGCAUCACCCGCACCCCCCUCACCACCACCACCACCAUCACCACCACCCGCACCACCACCACCACCACCAUCACCACCACCACCACCCGCAGCCGCCCUCCCCAUUGCUGCUCUUACAGCAGCCGGAAGAGCCGGGGCCGGAACGCCAUCAUCCGGCCCCGCCGCCUCCACCACCGCCCCCGCCACCCCCUCCUCCACCGCCCCCUCCGCCCCCACCUCAGCCCCACCACCGCCUUCUGUCCCCCGGGGGCACCAGCUGCAGCUACCCCAGUGAGGACAGCAGCGAGGACGAGGAAGACGAAGAAGAGGAGCAGGAGGUGGAUGUGGAGGGCCACAAGCCCCCAGAAGGGGAGGAGGAUCUCGAGGAAGAAGAAGGCCGGGACCCCGAAGAGGAGGACGAGGAGGAAGAGGGAGGAGGGGUGAUGCUUGGGGAUCCCUUAGUCGGAGGCAGCCGUUACCUCCAAGGCAGAGGGCUAACAGAGAAGGGAGGCAGCCGGGAACGGCCAGCUGGCUCCUUCCCCCUAGUCCUUAACACCUCCAGGCUACAGCAGGAGGAGGAGAAACUAGGAGACCUUGGCAAUCCGGAUCUGCAUCCUCCUCCUCCUCCUCCUCCUCCUCCUCCUCCUCCUCUUCCUCCUCCCCUGGCUACCCAGAAAGGAGGGAGCGGCAGCAGUAGCAGCAGUGGAGGCAGCAGCCCCAGCAGCCCAGUCCACCAUCCAUCACUGGAGGAGCAGCCCUCCUACAAAGAUAAUCAGAAAACUAAGGAAGGUAACCCAGUAAUUUUGCCUACAAAAGAAGACACCUUUUCAGAUAAGAACAAGGAGCAUAAUUUUUUCAUCACAGAUUCAGAGCCUUCGGGAGGAGAUUUCUGGAGAGAAAGAGCAGGCGAACACAUACAAGAAACCAAUUCACCACAUUCACUCAAAAAGGAUGUAGAGAAUAUGGGAAAAGAAGAACUUCAGAAGGUUUUGUUUGAACAAAUAGACUUACGGAGGCGACUAGAACAAGAAUUCCAAGUGUUAAAAGGAAAUGCAUCUUUUCCAGUGUUCAAUAAUUUUCAGGAUCAGAUGAAAAGAGAACUAGCAUAUCGAGAAGAAAUGGUGCAACAGUUACAAAUUAUCCCCUAUGCAGCCAGCUUGAUCAGAAAAGAGAAGCUUGGUACACAUCUCAGCAAGAGCUAAAAGGAACGUAAGAGCACCUGCAACUCUCUUGUAAGAUACAACCUACCACUGAACAAAAUGACUUGUAUAAAGACUGAGAAUUGAAAGGGCUUGGGAAUAAAAUACAAAAUCAGGUUCACAUGAACCCAAGGACAAGUGACCUCAAAGCAUCAUGGACAACCAUGUAAAAUAGAAUGUAGCAGCCAUUUAUUAGGCGGGGGGAGGGAGGGGGAAACAAACAAGAUCAGUAAAUGCUUGUCACAAAUCUUUUGGUGGAACCAAAGUUUGAGUCUUGGUGUUUCUAGAAGGAGGACCGAACUUCAUAGAGUAUGGAAAAUGCUUUUAACCAAUUGUGUGGAUAAUCCAUGGAGGCAAUCCCUGGUCCUUUCAAUGCUGUGAACACGGAGAGCAUCUACAAAAUUGUCUUUUACUUUUGAAUAAGUGAUUCUUGAAAGGAAAGAAAAUACAAGACUUGUUCAAUGGGGUGAGAAUCACAUUUUGGACAGAUGGGAAGGCAUCAGCCAUUAUGUAUUGCUUUUAAUAGCAAAGUGGAUAUUCUAUCAAUUGGCCCCUUCUCCUCUGGUACUUUGCCUGCUGUAUGAAUUAAGAUUGUAUUCCUCU